UGAGGCCGUGCUGCCGCCGGGUCUCCGGCCUCGAGGGCUCGGGCUCGCUGCGGCGGCGGUGGCCGCGAGGAGAGGCGGCGGGGGCGGGGGGAGAGGAGGGCCCGGGCCCGCGCUCCCCCAGCCCCGCAGAAGCAGGCGGCGGCCGCGGACCCAGAGGCUCGCCUAGACGGCCAGACACCGCUGCCUUCCGCUCCUGGGACCAUGACCCAGGCGGGGGUCGCCGCCGCCGUGGCCCGGAGUGCGUCACCGGCGGUAAGAAGAAAACAUAACCUAUAGAGACCAUCUUCUGGCAGAAGAUGAUAGAUUUGAAUCAGAAAGAGGAGGUGUUGGAAGCCAGGAAUCUAACGUGAAGAAACUCUGCAAGCCCUGGAGUCCUAUCACUCUCACCAUGCCAGAAAUGACAGAGCAUGAGACGCCUACGAAAAAGCAGCACAGGAAGAAGAACCGAGAGACACACAAUGCAGUGGAGAGGCACAGAAAGAAGAAAAUCAAUGCUGGGAUAAACAGAAUAGGAGAACUGAUCCCAUGCUCCCCUGCUCUGAAACAGAGCAAGAACAUGAUCCUGGACCAAGCCUUUAAGUACAUAACAGAGCUGAAGCGGCAGAAUGAUGAGCUCCUGCUCAACGGAGGGAGCAGUGAACAAGCUGAAGAAAUUAAAAAGCUACGGAAACAACUAGAAGAAAUCCAAAAAGAAAAUGGCCGAUAUAUUGAAUUAUUGAAAGCAAAUGACAUAUGCUUGUAUGAUGACCCCACAAUCCACUGGAAAGGCAAUCUGAAAACCUCAAAGGUGUCUGUUGUUAUUCCAAGUGACCAGGUCCAGAAAAACAUCAUCGUUUAUUCCAACGGGAGCCAGCCUGGGGGAAACAGCCAGGGGACAGCUGUUCAGGGAAUAACCUUUAAUGUUGGUCAUGGCUUGCAAAAGCAGACCGCCAAUGUGGUGCCAGUGCAGAGGACCUGCAAGCUUGUGACUCCCGUGUCUAUUUCUGGAGUUUACCCUUCUGAAAACAAGCCGUGGCAUCAGACUACAGUGUCUGCGCUGGCUGCCAACCAGUCUGUUCCCCUUUGUCUUCCCGCUGCCAUUUCUGCUCAAAACAUUCUCGAACUUUCUACUUCUGAAAGCCAAUCAAGUGUGCUGGGUGCCACUGGUGGCUCAGUGGUCACCGUUUCAGUUGGCCCUGACCCUCACCCACAUCGUUCCUUGAAUACAUGCCUAAAUGAUCAAAAUGCUUCAGAAAAUAACAAUGCACAGGAGAGCCCCAAAUCAUCAAAGAAAACAGUCACGUGUGUCUCAGGCAUCUCCUCCAGCAAUUCAGCAGCUGCCCCCGAAGUGCACCAUGAAAACAAGUCCAGCCCGGCAAUGCAGGGCUCCAGCGCAGAUUCGCAAAACACCCUUGUGUCAGUUACCACCACAGUGUGCUCCCAGCCUCCCAGAUCUACAGGUGGCUCUUCUCCAGUGAGUGGUAGCAAGACUGUAGACUCACCAAGUACAGCCACAGUGGUGGUGCCAGCCCACACUGCAGUAGCAAAGAGUAUCCUCCCAGUGAGCAGUCUCUCUGCAAACCCUUUGGAGGGUGGUUGGACUCUUUCUUGUUCUCUGCCUUCUUCAAGUGUCAGUGCUUCAGAACUAAAAAACAUCAGCAGCCUUACCCGAAUCUCUUCAGCCGGAAAUACACAGACAACGUGGACUACACUGCAUCUGGCUGGAAACACUAUUCAGCCUGUAAGCCAGCCACCAUCUUCUGCUGCAACUCCAGCAUUAAAUGAGUGUGGUACCAGCCCUACCCCAAACAACCACAAGCACGUGGCUACAGGCAUCACCCUAAAUAAUUCUCCUUCAACAGAUGGGCAGCCAGUUGAGCAAGUAGUGGUGACUUUGCCUUCGUGUCCACCCUUACCUAUGCAACCACUAAUUGCCCAGCCACAAGUUAAGUCUCAGCCUCCCAAAAGUAUCCUUCCUUUGAAUUCAGCAAUGCAAGUGAUUCAGAUGGCUCAGCCAGUUGGGUCAGGUGUCACUGCAGCUCCAGCUAACCAAAAUGUCAUCAUUCUUCAGCCACCAAGCACAACCCCAUGCCCAACAAUGAUGAGGGCAGAGGUUUCCAACCAAACAGUAGGUCAACAGAUUGUCAUCAUACAGGCGGCUAAUCAAAACCCAUUGCCACUCCUCUCUGCUCCCCAUCCUGGUCCUGUUCGACUGCCUGUCAAUGGAGCCAGUGCUAUAAUAGGGUCUCAUAAUUCAGUGCAAAGUGUGCCAGCCCCACAGACUUUUGGAGGAAAGCAUCUUGUCCACAUAUUACCAAGACCUUCCUCUUUAUCCACAUCUAACUCAACACAGACUUUUUCUGUUACCAUGUCAAACCAACAGCAGCCUCAAACCAUUUCUUUAAACGGACAGCUCUUUGCUUUGCAGCCUGUGAUGUCCUCAUCAGGAACUACAAAUCAAAGCCCUAUGCAAAUUAUUCAACCCACCACCAGCGAAGAUCCAAAUACCAAUGUUGCCCUGAACACAUUUGGGGCUUUGGCCAGCCUCAAUCAAAGCAUAUCACAGAUGGCUGGGCAAAGCUGUGUACAAUUGUCUAUUAGCCAGUCUGCUAAUCCUCAGACUUCUGCAAACAGUCAAACCAGCCCUGCUAACUGCGUUUCACUAACAACAACUGUAGCAGCUACCAUAACAGCAGAUAAUUCAGCUACACCAUCCACUACUUACAGUCUUGCAACAACUUCCUCAACAAACACUGUCACUUGUUUGCCCUCUACCAUGAAAUCAAAAAGACUGAGCAAGAAACCAGGUGCCAAGAAACACUUAACAGCUAACAAGCCAGCAUGUCCCCUGAAUUCAGUCAGAGAUGUGGGCAAGAUAGAUGGCCCCAGAAUAAACAGCUCAGCAGAGCCAUCAUGCAGUGAUGGACUGCUGGACAGCCUCCCUAUUGGCUUAUCGUCUGUUGCUGUGUCCCAGGCAAAGAAUGUUAGUAUUUCUGCUUCACAUACUUUGGACGUUCUGAAUUCUGAAUCAGUAAUCCCUGACUCUGAUCCCAAAUCUAAGUCAACAGAAGACUGUAGCUCACCUUCCCAAGAAUCUGAAACAAAUGAACAGCUUGUAUUGGCGCCAGCAAAACCCAAAGAUUCUACUCCUAUUUUACAAGAGACAUCUCAGGGUACACCACCAUGUUCUGUAGCAUUGUCCAGUGAUAUGAAAUCCUGUACUUCAGCCAACGUGUUGACUCCAUCUCCUAUCGAAUCCCAGAGUUUGGUUUCUCAGGUUUCUGGUCUGUCAUCCACUACGAGCACGUCAAGCACUGACUGUAUUUCUGAGGUAGAAAUUGUGGCAGAACCUUGCCCAGUUCAGCAGGAUUCAUUGGACACCAUGCAGACAGCAGGGCCUUUAAAGGGGCAGGGACUAACUAUGUUGCUGUCGGAUCUUGCUAAAGAAAAGGACCUUCAGAAGUCAUCUAUCUCAGUCCAGAUGGAGCAUCCUGACUUUUCUCCAGAAAGUUCUAAGAUAGGUGAUUCUAAUGUUGAUUUGCCUCCCAAGCAGGAACUGCUACUGAUGAGCGAUGAGAGAGACCCGCCACAGCCCCACUCCUGCCUCCCUGAUCAGGAGGUUCUCCAUGGGUCUUUGCUCACCAGUAGGCAGGCUGACUCUCCUCUGUCAACCAGCUCUGGCAGUAGUCGUAGUUUCUCGGUUGCAUCCAUGCUUCCCGAAACAGCUCGAGAAGAUGUGACGAGCAGUACAACAUCUAACACGUGUGAUGGCUGCACCUUUGCAGAGCAAACUGACAUUGUGGCCCUUGCCGCAAGAGCCAUCUUGGACCAGGAGAGCAUUGAGAAGGGAAGGCUUGGCACACAGGCUGAUGUGAAGGAGGUUACUCCAAAGCCUUCUGAAACCUCUUUAGAGGGAGACCAGCCCUUUAAACCACAGAUCCACAAGGAGACGUGCACGGGACAAGCUGACCCAACACCAAAUGAAUUUAACUCUCAGGAUUCUGUGGAAGUGACAGUUGAUAGGCCUCUUGAAAAACCAAGCUGUUCUCUGGGAAUUAAAGGAUCAAAUGCCCCCAUACAGGUGUCAGCCUCUCAGCCACCAAGUCUCACCCAUCAGAAUAGCAUCAGCAGCCAUCCUCUGGUCAGUUGCACAGGUCUAUCGCAGAGCUCAGAUCAAACUUCUAAUCCUGUGACGGUUAAUAUGACUGUUUCAUCCAGUUCUUAUGGCAGCCAGCCUCCUGUGCCACCUCUGAUGACAGAAUAUCCCCAGGAACAGCUGAACAGCAUGGCUAGCGCCAUACCAAACCCACAGGUUCAAGAACCGCUUUCAAAGCCCAGUCAUGAAAGUCGUAAAGAUUCUGCAAAGCGCACUGUGCAAGAUGAUCUUUUACUAUCUUCGGCCAAACGUCAGAAGCAUUGCCAGCCAGCCCCUCUCAGGCUUGAAAGUAUGCCCCUGAUGAGCAGGACUCCAGACAACAUUCCUGAUCAAACUCAAAUGAUGGCGAGUCAGAUCACCCCUAACUCUUCAAACUCAGUUGUACCUGUUAGCAACCCAGCACAUGGAGAUAGCCUUGCACGGUUAUUCCCACCUAGUAACAACUUUGUGGCUCCUGCAUUGAGGCAGACGGAUGUUCAGUGUAAUUCUCAGCCUUCAGUUGCUGAGCAACAGCAGCAGCAGCAAACCCAGGCAGGUCAACAUCUGCAGGCACUGCAGCAGCAUGUACCACCUCAAGGAGUGUCUCAUCUGCACACCAACCAUCUGUACAUCAAGCAGCAGCAGCAGCAGCAAGCAGGGCAGUUAAGAGAGAGGCAUCACUUGUAUCAGCUGCAGCAUCAUGUGCCUCAUGCAGACAGUGCUGUCCACUCCCAGCCCCAUAUUGUGCACCAACAGAGAACUCUACAACAGGAAGUUCAGAUGCAGAAGAAAAGGAAUCUCGUUCAGGGCACUCCUACAUCUCAGCUAUCCUUACAACCCAAGCACCAUGGGACUGACCAGUCAAGACCCAAGAGUAGCCAGCCACAUCCUCACCAUCAACAGAUGCAGCAACAGCUGCAGCAACACUUUGCAAGUUCCCAGCCAGAGAAGAGCUGUGAAAACCCUUCAACUAACCGGGGCCACCAUAGCCAUCCCCAGAACCACCUCAAUCAGGAUGUUCUACACCAGCAACAGGAUGUUGGAAGCAGACAGCAGGGUUCUGACCACGUAUCUGGGCAUAAUCCAAUGCAGAGGCUUUUACCAUCAAGAGGCUUAGAGCAGCAAAUGGUGUCCCAACCAAGUAUUGUGACUAGGUCUUCAGACAUGACCUGCGCUCCACACAGGCCAGAGAGAAACCGAGUCUCCAGUUACUCUGCCGAAGCACUCAUUGGAAAGUCAUCUUCUACUUCAGACCAGAGAAUGGGCAUAUCGAUUCAGGGUUCCAGGGUUUCAGACCAGCUUGAAAUGAGAAGUUAUCUUGAUGUUCCCAGAAAUAAGAGCUUGGCACUUCAUAAUAUGCAGGGUCGCAUGGAUCAUACUGUCACCUCAGAUAUCCGCCUUUCUGAUUGCCAGACAUUCAAACCAGGUGGAGCCAGCCAACAGCCCCAGAGUAAUUUUGAAGUACAAUCUUCAAGAAACAAUGAAAUAGGUAACCCUGUGCCAUCACUGCGAAGCAUGCAGUCCCAGGCUUUUCGAAUUAGUCAAAACACUGGCCCACCACCAAUAGACCGACAAAAACGAUUAUCUUAUCCACCAGUUCAGAGCAUCCCAACAGGAAAUGCUGUCCCACCAAGGGACAGUGAGAAUACAUGUCACCAGAGUUUCAUGCAGAGCCUGCUUGCUCCUCACCUUGGUGAUCAGGUCAUUGGGAGUCAAAGGUCACUCUCUGAACAUCCAAGGAAUACACAGUGUGGUCCAUCUUCAACAAUUGAGUAUAAUUGUCCCCCAGCUCGUGAGAGUGUUCAUAUCAGGAGAGAGAGUGAAAGUCAGAAUAGGGAGAGUUGUGACAUGUCUUUAGGUGCAAUUAACCCCAGGAGCAGCACUUUGAAUAUUCCUUUCUCGAGUUCCUCUUCCUCGGGGGAUAUUCAAGGUCGAAACACCAGUCCUAAUGUUUCUGUACAGAAGUCCAAUCCCAUGAGGAUUACUGACAGUCAUGGGGCCAAGGGCCACAUGAACCCUCCUGUCACAUCCAACAUGCAUGGGGUUGCAAGGCCAACUUUGCCACACCCAUCUGUGUCUCAUGGGAAUGCUGACCAAGGGCCUCCUGUACGGCAGGCUAACUCUUCAGUUGCCCAGAGAUCAAGACAUCCCCUGCAGGACAGCAGUGGCUCCAAAAUCCGCCAGCCUGAAAGGAAUCGUUCUGGAAAUCAAAGGCACAGUAACGUCUUUGACCCAAGUCUUCCUCAUCUUCCUCUCCCCACUAGUGGCAGUAUGAUUCUUGGACGGCAGCAACCUGCUGCAGAGAAGAGAGGAAGUAUCGUUCGCUUCAUGCCUGAUAGUCCACAAGUACCUAAUGAUAAUUCAGGCCCUGACCAGCAUUCAUUGUCACAAAAUUUCGGUUUCCCUUUUAUUCCUGAGGGUGGCAUGAAUCCACCAAUAAAUGCUAAUACUUCCUUCAUUCCACAGGUCACUCAGCCUAGUGCCACCCGAGCUCCAGCUCUCAUCCCAGUAGAUCCCCAGAACACUCUGCCUUCCUUCUACCCACCGUACUCCCCUGCUCAUCCUACUCUGUCCAAUGACAUUUCAAUCCCUUAUUUUUCUAAUCAAAUGUUCUCCAAUCCUAGCACAGAGAAAGUGAACAGUGGAAGUUUAAACAACCGAUUUGGGUCAAUUUUAUCUCCUCCCAGACCUGUUGGCUUUGCUCAGCCAAGUUUCCCUCUUCUCCCUGAGAUGCCACCAAUGCACAUGGCCAACUCUCACCUAUCCAAUUUCAAUAUGACGUCAUUGUUUCCGGAAAUAGCAGCGGCUCUUCCUGACGGCUCAGCAAUGUCACCUUUGCUUACCAUAGCAAACUCCUCUGCCUCUGACUCUUCCAAGCAGCCCUCAAACAGACCUGCUCACAACAUAAGCCAUAUUUUAGGUCAUGACUGCAGUUCAGCUGUUUAAAGCCAGAGAAACUAACUGUGAAGGUUUGGGUUGAAAUGAUAACUGUUCUGUACACACAUGUGCACUGAGAGAGCUUAUGUGGGUGUGUGGCUUUGUAUCAGAUAACCAUUUUUCAGUUAGCUUCUGACUACAAGGAAGCCAUGUCAGAGAGGAUGCAUACACUGGGGUUGUCAAAGCAAUCAUCUUUCAUUCCUGAGUGAUAUGCUUUCUUUAAUCUUCUAAGUGAUUUACCUUUCCAAGUUUGAUUUGUAAUCGUUAUUCCCUAAGUACUAAUCAGCCAGAAGUUGAGAUCUUGGCACAUGCUGGGUGGUAGGUGGGAGCUGAGAUCUUAAACUCAGUUGCUGAGAAGUUAUAAAAUAGACAGUUGAGAUGGCUAAGUUGCAAAUCCAAAAGUAAAAGCAACUUGAAAGAAAUCGUGAUUCAUCAUAGGUGCUUGCUGAUGUCAACAUCUAACAGUUCUAAGCCAUGAAUGGCGAGUAAUGAAUUGAUAAUGAGUUGAAAUCCCAUAAGUAAAAAUAUCAGACAGAUAGAAAAUAAAUGAAAUGUUUGGUCAGCCUUCAUCCAGAGCUUUGAUAUAGAGACUUCUUUCUUAAUUAUAAUUUUUAAUAAACUACCUAAAUUUCCUGUUCUUCAAAAUAGGGAGCCACAUUCUCCUUUAAUGUGCCAAGAUUCUGUAAAGCAAAAGUCUUCCUCAGACAAUGAGCCUUAAAAAUAUGAAGCUAAGACAAAAUACAGAAAUGUUUUCCACUUAGUACUUAGGUUUUGCCUUAGGCCAAAGAAUAACAGCAGUUGUAUUGUGGGUUUAUCUGGUGUCAGUUAGUGACCAGUGCUUCAUCGGUUAUGUUGAUUUAGUAUUCCCUCUUCAUUCUAUUUCUUUGGUCUUCAAAUACAUUAAUUCACAAUCACUUAAGUGUUAGAACUGCUCAGUAAAUGUUGUGUUUAGAAGAUACAUUUGAGCCUUUCAGAUACUGCAGAGUAGAGUUUUAAGCUGUCUCAGUCUUUUCAUUUGCUGAUUAUUUAUAUUAAAUAUGACAUUGUAAAUUACAUUAUUGUCCUUCAUAACAGUUAUAAUAAGAAAAUGAAUUCAUUAUUUUUCUUGUAGGUAUGAAAUGGUGCUUCACAAAAAUACCUUCACUAUGUGUGUCUGCUUGUGAGUGAGAGUGGGUGUGGAAAUGAUUUUCAGGUUGAGACUGGUCCUCACUGUUGGAGAUGUGUGUCAUAUACACAUGUGUAUUUAUCAUGUUGCACAUGGUAAAUGGAUAUAAUCUUGUCUCAGUUGGAAAUAACCCUAGAACAGCUGUCUGCAAACGGGCAGUUGAGGCUUGCUCUAGAGCGCCGCUUCUCAGUCCUCCUAACGCUUUAACCCUUUAACUCAGUUCCUCAUGUUGUGGUAACCCCCAACCAUAAAUUAGUUUCCUUGCUACUUAGUUUUGCUACUCUUAGGAAUUGUAAUGUAAAUAUGUGAUUUUGGAUGGUCUGAGGUGACCCCUGGGAAAGAGUCAUUCAACCUCCAAAGGCUGAGAGUCCCUGUUCUAAAGCAUAGGAAAACGUUUUUUUUAAUUCUCUCAAACAUUACAUCCCAACUGCAGUUCUCCAGCCCCAUCCACCUCCUCUCUUCCCCAGAUCCAGUCCAGCGUGAGAAGUUACACAGGGCUGGGCACAAACCCUCACGUCCAGCCGCAUGAGGUGACCCAAUGGGAGGAAAGGGUCCCCGCUGUAGAUAUUUUUUUAACCCCAAUGAAUUAGUAAUGAAUUUUAAACAUAUACUGAAUCUUGAGAAGUUAAAGCUAAGAAGAAAUUUGUACUGAAUCUUUUUUAAACGUUUAAACUCAGCUUUUAAUUGUAGCUACACUCUGUUAAAAACUGAAUAGAGGGAGAGGUACACAGAACUGCCCGCCCGUUGGCUGGGCGGAAGCAAGCCCAAGGACCAGCAGAGGUUUCAGCUUUGAAGGUUGGUUUGUUUGGUUUUUUGUUUUUGUUUUUGUUUUUUUUUUGGGGGGGGGUUGCUUUCUUUUUAUAGUAAAAAAGCCACCCGGCGCCUGAUCAGAGCAGUUACCACUAAAUGCCUUUCUAAAGGCUCAGCAAAAGGAUCCCUUAUGCCUGGUCACCUGUUUUACCCAAACCCCUCUGUUUCUGCUGCCCUUGAAAAUCACCCUUCCUGGUGAACUAGGCAAACCUGUGUUUCUUUCCUGCGUAGCAUUCCUGGGGGGUAGAAGAGAACUUCACAAGUUCAUUACUUAAUGUGUGAACACCACAGUAGGAAAGCUACUGAGGGAAAGAGAACAUUUAUCAGUUGCUUUUAGGCAAAAAUUCAUCGUUUUCUUUGUACUUGAAAGGUCCAAUCUGCCAGCUUCUCUAAGGGCAGUGUUCUGUAUAGCCAGUCACCCCCGUCCCACCAGCUCUUCUUGGUAGCUGUCUUGUCGCAUAUGUAUCCUCACAUCAUGGUGGCUCUUGAGUUCUGAAGGACACACUUGCUCAGUUUGAGCUAAGAUAACAUGGCAUGGACAGAGUUCAGGUUUAGGUUCUGUUUCUGAGACAGGGAUCUUGCCACGUUCUCCAGACUAGCCUAGAAUUCCUGGGCAUACGCAGGCCUUGUACCUCAGCCUCCUAGGUUGCUGAGACUAGAGGUGCACUCUGCCUCCAUGCUGAGAAGUGCCACCUGAGAUAGCAGCGUAGGAGUCCUAGAACCUGUUGCCAUUUUGGGUUAUUCUUGUUUGGCUGACUGACUGCAGCUCAGCUCUGCCCUGAGAGAGCACCACUGCACCAGGGCUCUGAUGGUGAGAAUACUGUACUGUGAUGCUCUCUGGCUAUCAGCCUUUUGUGACCAUCUAGAGAGAGAGAGAUGUAAAGGUCAGCAGGUAAUUAGGCUCCUGCUCACAUGUGGCUCUGAGGAAAGACAGUGUAUUUGUGUGUUAGAUAGCAUUUCAUACGCGGGCUCAGAUGAGAAAGAGUUCUCACUGUGCUCUUGCCUGGUUUAAAAGUCUGGGUACCUAUCAUGACUGCUUCCUAAGUGAGGGUCAUUGAUUGGAUCAUUUUGUUCUAACUAUUGAUCACAUAGAAUUGGCCAAAGUGCUCAGUUCCUCUCAGCAUUCCACAGGAAGUUCUAAGGAAGUGGAGAUUUUUCAGAUUUCUCUAUGUAACCUUCUUCAAUGAGUUUGUUAAAUAUGUCAAUCACAGGUGAAGUAAAUCCAUUUUAAUGUUUUUAAUAGA